AGCUCUACGUGGAAAACACCCCACCAACACCAACUAACAAGAUGGACUCUACAUCGCCAGUACAGCCGCCUUCGAACAAGGACCAUCCAAUUGGAAUCAUCACAUUGGAUUCUGACGAUGAGCCUAUGGAUGAUUUGGACUCUGACGAUUACCCAAACGACCCAAUCUACAUACCAGAGCACUAG